UUCUUUCCCGUUUCCGAAGUCUUUUCACUAUCGGUCCAGUUAGCUGUCAGAAGUUUGCUGUCAGGUAAACCAUACUGUAGCGCUCGGGCAUUAUUAGUUGAAAUGGACAGCAAAAUUUUGAUUGCUCUCCUGGGAUGUCUGUGUGUGGCUUAUGCAGCGAAAGCCGAUCCAAAGCCGGUCGACAAAGCGACGGAGAAAAUGGCCAAGGAUGCAUUUAUGGCCCUGGAUAAAAAGGGAAUGCCGCGACAGGCGAAAUGCGGCAUGAGCUUUCAGAAAGUGAUUUAUAAAACUUAUCAGAAGGAAGAAACCCGUGGAGGAACCAAGUAUUAUUUUGAAGUUGACCUGCAAUUUCGUGGUCCUGCUGCCGGUUCAAAAGGUCCUGAUUUUGUGAGGAAUAAGAAGAUGGUUGUUACUGUCCCCAAAGGAAACGGCAACCCUACUGUGGACGUUAGUCCCUGCGAAUAAUUGUUAUUUGCGCAGAUACUCUGUAUGUACAUACAUAUGCAAGGGAAGAAAUGGACGUCCUUCCCCGUAGACACUAGAUAUUGUUUCUAGCCACUUUACAGGUUGGAUGCUAGAACACUUUUAUGUGAAAGGUCACAAUGCAGUGGUGCACUGUGCAACAAAAUAAUAUCAUCCCCCGUACAUAUAUUAAUAUUGUUAUUGUACUGUUGUUGUACAAUUCUAGCUUUGAAUGACUGAACAUUUUGCUGGAAGAUGAAUUUAUGGCACUGCUGGUUACUGGUAAUACUCAAGUGUGUUGUCAAGUAAACAACGCACAAAAUCGCUUCGCUAAGAGAAACCUUCAAAAGAGGUGAAACUGAUAAAAUUCGUUUGACUUCG